GUAUAUAUAGAGUUCAGCAAUCUAGGUCAGCUACAACAGGAAAUUAGUUCCAUACCUCUUAUAAAUAACAGAAAUCAGAAAAAAGAAAUGAGAGCAAUUUCCCUCUUCCUUGCAAUCGUCCCUCUUGUUAUUUCCUCUAGAACUGACCAGAGUCAUUCCCCGCUGGACUCUCCCCCCCCGGAGCCAAAAUCAAGAUUCGCCAUGCUGGAUGACGUCAAGAUCUUGGCCAAUGGCCUCCUGCAGCUAGGACACGGUCUCAAGGACUUUGUUCACAAGACGAAGAAUCAGAUUAACGACAUAUUUCAAAAACUGAACAUAUUUGACAAGUCUUUCUACGACCUCUCACUACAAACCAAGGAGAUCAAGGAAGAAGAGAGAGAGCUUCGCAAAACGACCUCAAAUCUUCAAGCCAAAAACGAAGAAAUGAAAAAUCUGUCGCUCGAACUGAAUUCAAAGCUCGAAGAUCUCUUAGAAGAGAAGAUGCGACUCCAGCAGAAAGUGAGGGUGUUAGAAGAGAAGCUGAUCACAUUAAUUCGCAGUCAACCCCAAGGCCAGGGCCAUCAAGAGGUGACCUUCCUCAAGACUUUUGUAGAGCAGCAAGAUCUCAGCAUCAAAGAGCUUUUCCAAACGGUCCAAGAGCAGUACCAGCAGCUGACCAAGCAGCACGGCCAGAUCAAAGAGAUGGAAAACCAGCUAAGGAGGACAGGUUUUCAAGAAACCGCAGACAAUUCACUUUCUUCAAAGCAAAGAGCGCCAAGGACCAUUCCUUCUCUUCAGCUCAAUGGAACAAAAUCUGAAGAACAUGAUGAUGGUCCAGCUGACUGCGCCGCUCUUUACGAUGGAGAUCUGCAUUCAAGCGGCAUUUACCCCAUCAAACCUAGCCAAUCUGAAGUCUUUAAUGUCUACUGUGAAAUGAAAUCAGGCAGCUCAUGGACAGUAAUUCAACACCGCAUGGAUGGAUCACAAAACUUCAACGAAACCUGGGAGAACUAUCAGCAUGGUUUUGGGAGUCUUGAUGGAGAGUUUUGGCUGGGCCUAGAGAAGAUCUACUCCAUUGUUAACCAAUCUGAUUACAUUUUACGAAUUGAGCUGGAAGACUGGAAAGACAACAAGCGUUACAUUGAAUAUUCGUUCAGCCUGGGGAGUAAAGAAACAGACUACACUCUGCACCUGUCAGAGAUUCUAGGCAACAUUCCCAAUGCAAUCCCUGAACACAAAGACCUUGCUUUUUCGACUUGGGAUCAUAAUGCAAAGAACUAUUUGAACUGCCCAGAAAGCUACUCAGGCGGCUGGUGGUGGGACAACGUAUGUGGAGAAACCAACCUGAAUGGCAAAUACAGCAAGGCGCGAUCGAAGGGCAGGCCAGAGCGGAGAAGAGGCCUGUACUGGAAGUCUCCCAAAGGAAGGCUCUAUGCCCUCAAGACAACCAAAAUGUUAAUCCACCCAACAGACCUGGAAAGCUUUGAAUGAGCACAGGCAAGCUUCCAAAAACCAAUAAACUGAACAUUAAACUCAACCCAAGUUACUGUGGUUUAAUAAUCAGCAAGAAAGACCUUCAAAAGGCAUUAAGGGCCAACCGAUGUUCUAGGGUGUUUGCUAGGGCAACCUCACAUACCUUUUUCUUUUCUUUAAUAAGAAUUCAUCUGGAGUUUAAAACGAUUAUAAAUUUAUUUCAAGGUCAAAACUGUCAUCAUACCACCUCGUGAACUUUACCUUUCUCAGUCAGAUGCCUUCUGACAUUGAAUGUGCAAAUAUUUCAUGAUGUUGUAAUCAAUUUUACAUGGACUUUUUUAAACAACCUUGAACGCUAUGGCAAGGGCACUUUUAUUUUCCAUUUAAGGAUCACCCUAUUAACUGGAAACUUACAAAAAGAAUUUUGUUUUUAUAUUCAUAAUGCAGUCUGAUUUCACAGUUUCACCAAGUUCUUAAAAAAUAUAAACAUGAAUAAAUGUGAAGGUCAGAUGCUUCUAUAUUCGUGAAGUAUUGUCAUAUUAUUAAUUUAAAACUUGAACUCAAUCUGUUCAACAGUACCUAUGAAAAUCCAUAAUGUAAAACUUAAAAUUUAUAUUAUACCUCGCCGGAGAAAAAUUCGUGUCACAUGUUUUUAUACUUUAUUUAUGAAACCAAAAGAAGCAGGAUAAAUUACUGUAUUUAAAUUGGCUCAUGCUCGUUGAGUAAAUGCAGUUGGUCAUCAUUA